AUGAGCGAAGAUAAAGUUGUUGUUGCAUCAUCGUCAUCAAGUACAAGUUUUCCUUCUUCAUCAUCCGGAACACAAUUAAUAGAUGCAUCCAACUCAAAGACAAAAGUUUUAUUAACUGAUAUUGUUUAUGAAUACCAAACAAGAAGAGUGUUUGGUGAUUUUCAACCUGCUGUAAAAUCAGGAGUGUACAAGACUGCCGAUUUUAAGGAUAUUACUUUUAGUGCAGUGGAAAAGAAGGCUACGGAAGGUGGUUGGAGUUGGUUGUCAAAGGAGUGGACUAGUGAAGGAGAGGAUUCUUGGGAAUAUUGUCACUCAUGGAGUGAUGAUUCUAAAAGUUGGUCACACGCCUAUAAUUCACUUUUUGAUUUUGCUAGAAGAAAACAAUGGUCAAGAAUAAGAAGUAAAUAUGUGGAGAAGAGUGAAGUUAAUUCAUUGCAAACACAAUUCGGGGAAAAUUUAACAAUUGUCGAUAAGGAUGAAAACUCUAGAAUCAUUUAUAGUCAAGUCAAUCAAAUGAAGGAACAACUCUCUAGUGACUGUAGUACAAUUGCAGAAAAAACUAGCAAACCAAAUAUUCUCUUAUUAGGUGGUAGUGGAAGUGGAAAAUCAUCACUUGUUAAUGCGGUUUUUGGUAAAUCUUUGGCCGAAAUUGGUGAAGGUAAACCAGUAACACAACAAUAUACCAAAUAUGCUGGUGAACACAGUCCAGUUGUUAUUUAUGACAGUAGAGGUAUUGAACACGGAUAUAUUCAAGAUGGAUUUGUUGCUGAUACAAGAAGAUUUUUCAAGAAAAUUAGAGGUGAAAAAGAUCUUGCCAAGCACGUACACGUUGUUUGGUAUGUGCUUGAUUUAACUCAAGCUAGAUUCCAACCUUUUGAAGCAGAAUUUUGUAGAGAUGAGCUCAAGGGAAUUCCAAUCAUUUUUGUGUUAAAUAAGGCCGAUGCUGUAAAGAAUCAAAUUAGAGAUAUCAUGAUCGAUACUAUUGCAAACUUUAAUUUACCAAAUUGUAUUGGUAUUUAUCCAACAGUUGCCUUUUGUAAAAAUUUCGAUACAAAGGAAUGUCCAUCUUGCGGAUCUACCAAGAUUAGAAAGAGACUCAAGGCCGGUACUUGUACCAUUAUGUGUAAAGAAUGUAAUGGUAAUAUUACAUUGGAAAAGACUAUGGGUAUCGAUAGAUUGUCACGAUCUACAAUGCUUGUUCUCCCAGAUCUUGUGAAGAGUGUAUUUGUAAAUGCUCAACAAUCUUCAACUUUGGGGAAGGAACUCAAAGCAAAGGAUAUUAUUUUGGAAAAUCAUAGGGAUUUAUCGCUGACAAAGGUAGAAAAGGUAAAGAAGAAUUUAGUGUCCAUGAUUACCGCAUUGACAGGAUUAUAUGAAGUUGACUCACUACUGAGUCUUAUUCAACAAAAAAUGUCAAGUAGAUUUGACAAGUUCUAUAAGGAACAAGGAUUUUCAAAGAGAUUACACCUCUUUAUGAGUGAUGCCAUGACCAAACGAGAGACCAAUGCUGAGGUGUUCAUGUUGUGUGCAGGUAUUGAAAUUUGUAAUACUAUUAUCAAAUUCAAGCAAUCAGCUAUUGCCCAUGCUAUGAAAUCAUUUGAAACCCAAGUUUCUGAGGAAAGAAAGGAAGAGGAAGAGAAGGAAGAAAGUAAGGGUGCAAUGCCAAUGCAAAACAAUGUCACUGUUGUGGAAACUAAAAAGACAGCUUCGUAUGCAUCAAUUCACGAUUUGGAUGAGGAAGGUGAUGAAGAUCUUUAUAUUGACAAGUUGAUUGCCAAUGUUCAUUUCACUGUAGAUAGUGCUAUUGUGGAAAUGGUCUCUCAUGAAUUGAGAAAGGUCAGAGAUGCCAAAAAGUAUUUGGAAAUGAUUGCUUUCAAUGGACAAAGUUCAUUUAUACCAACUGAAAAGAAAGUCGAAAUUCAAGAGGAAGAAGAACUUCACAUUCCACUUUACACUUAUCAAAAAUCCAAAGAGGGAGAAGGUUCAAACUCAGAACAAGCUCCAACUACAGCACAACAAUAAAUCAAUAUUUAUUUUUAAAA